CACCUACCUACCAAGCACAGUCAUUCCUUUCCACAACUGUUCACGCCUUACAUUCCUUGUCAGCGCUCGAUAAAUGCUGCCAGAAUCAUCACCGUAGGCUAUACUCCCUUUGCGAAGUCGACUAUCUCUCGAGAAUCUGCUCAACAUGUCCGCGACACACUUCCUUCCAGGAACGACGUCAUCCGCCACCUUCUUCAGAGCGCUCACACUGGCCUCGACGGCAAGAUCAUGUCCUCACACCUUACGAACCUUCUCCUCCAGUAUCGCCCGGCGGCAGUCAUCGAAGCGGGAGUUGUAUACUGUCCCUUCGUACCAACCGCAUAGCCUCCCAACCGACUUCCCUCUCCCCCCUCGAAAUACCAAUAUUCCAGACACCUCAAUAGCCGGGCCAGAACCCCGGUUGAAUGAGACUAGUCAGCCUAGCAAGAGCUCAGAACAAAACAAAUCAACAGAAGUGGCGAGUAUAAGCGUACCUGAAGGAGAGGCACAGAAACCCAAAGCAGUCGAACAAUCCAAGACAGAACAGACCAAGUCGGCAAAGCCUAGGCGGAGCAAACUAAGACCUCGAAAGGCCGCUGUGAAAAUAACGCCAGAUGCUUUGUACCACCUGCGAGAGCUGCUGGAUCAACCCAACCCAAAGAUGAUCAGAGUCGGUGUCAAAAAUAGAGGUUGUUCCGGGCUGGCAUACCACUUGGAGUAUGUGGAAAAGCCAGCAGCUUUCGAUGAAGUGAUAGAACAGGACGGGGUCAAAGUUUUGAUCGAUAGCAAAGCAUUAUUCAGUAUUAUUGGCAGCGAGAUGGACUGGAAAGAGGACAAGCUCAGCGCAAGGUUCGUCUUCAACAAUCCCAACAUUACAGAGCAAUGCGGUUGCGGAGAGUCGUUCAGCGUGUCAUGAAGGAAUGAUCAGAUAAUGCUUUGCAACAUUCGAACAGAUAUGCAUAGAUGGCGGCAGCAACCCAGACAUAAUGAUUAAUCCAUCCGAAAAGGUUGAUCUGGACCGGGACUUCUCGAGCUUGUGCUUAUCGCCUGGUCUUCAGUACACGCCUUUCUCAUAAUCAAUCACUCUGACAUCGUCGAAUCUGGGACUGUUCUUCUUGACAAAAGCUUGAUGAGUUGGAUCUUUGGCGACAUAAUAAUCUCGAUCCUCCUUCGAUGCAAAUUCAACCACGAAACCAUGCGUGAAGCCACCCUACAAGGUCAGUAUUGUGGUUGGAGGGCCGGCUCUAGCAACCAACCUGAGCACCUUCUGGGCUGUUGUCAAUGCCACCAGAUGAAGACACAAUAUAUGGUUUGUUCGAUGUUGGAUGCAUGCAUGUCUCUCUCAAGCCCAGCAUAUCAUCGCAGAAC